GACAGGACUUGACCUUCUAUUUAGGCAGGCCUUAACAAACUGUAUUUUCCCUACAGUCUAUUCUUCAUUGUGCCGAUCUUUGAACGUGUGAGCUAGAAAUACCACAUGUGACUAAUAACGCAAGCAAACUACUUUAUAUCAUGAAGUCGCUGUUGUGUUCGUGCCGAAUCAAAAAUCUCGUGCUAUCAUGUAGCCUUGCCCCAAGUUAGGGUUAUCUGCCGUGUUCGGCACGCCAUCCUCUCUACCCGACAACAACAAGCAAACAGGGUUUGCGAUAUUUGACAACACCAAGGAAAAUUUCUGGGACAUUUCGUGGUACGGUAUCCCAAUUAUCCCUUGCCCAACUGUCUUCUCGCCCUCUGGGGAGGGUCAGGUGGUGUUUGGACCUGCUCUGACAAUAAACAGUUCCCCCGCCAUCGCAACAAGAUGGAAAUCGGAGAUCUCGCGACUGCUCAGAUCGUCGAGCAGCCUGAGUUCACCUUGUUUCCUAGGCUGGCACCGGAGAUACGCCUCACCAUCUGGAAAUUGGCAAUCCCCGGACCUCGAGUCAUAACAAUUCAAGAACACAACGAUGCGACACCGAACUUCCGAUUACUGGCGGCAAGCUACGCAAUUCCGGCGAUGCUGCAUACCUCCCGGGAGUCGAGAGAGGUAGCACUGGGAAGCUACGAACUCGCUUUCACAAAUCACCGAAACGUCAAACCCAUGUAUCUAGACUUCUCAAAAGACAUCUAUUGAACUGGGAUCGAUUUAUCGGUGGAAAAUCGAUAUAUUGGAGAUUGACAAUCUGUAGAAUGACUAGUUUU